AUGAAAUAAUUUGUUAACCCAGUUUUUCAGCCUCUAGAUCAUUCUAUGUCAAUGACCCAUCGUAGAACUGAAUACAUACCCAAGAUUCCUCAACCAACAAUGGGGUAGGAAUUGCCAUGUGAAUUUGAAAAAAUAUUUUCAUCAGAAACAGACAUUUCAUCUAGGCUAAAUGAUAGCAUGAUAUAACCUUUUGAUAAUAGGAAUUUUUACAUAGAUUCAUCUCCUGCUUAUAGAGGAACAACAGAGAGUUAAUUCUAAAAUAAUACACUUACUCUAACGCAAGUAGUUGAGUAGAAAAAAUAUAAUUAAGAAAUCAUCAAAUAUUCUGAUGAUGAUAGUUUAAUUAAUUCUUCUUUUUUUGGUGUUCUUAAUUAGGAUGCUUUCUAAAAACCAUUAUAACAGAUGGAUUCAAUUUACAGAAAACUUGAAGAACCAAGUUAAUUCAAUCAUAAUACUAAAAAUGCCCAGACACUUUGUGAUGAAGAAUUAAGAGCUGAAUUAUAAGAUCAAGUUUAAGAUCUUCAUAUUAAUAAUAAAUUUAUUAACCCUCUCCAAUAUUAGUAAUAUAAUAAACCAAUACAAGAUAGUUCCAAUAUAAUUACAAACUUCACCAAUAAUAAUAAAUAUUCAAGUAUGUAAACAUAUGAAAAUAAAUCUAUUGAUUCUUACAGACUACAAUCUAAUUUAUAGUAACCAUAUCCUUAAAACAAUGAACAAAUAAAAUACAAUCCAAUUUAAUAUAACAAUAAUUAUCCAAAACCUGUUGAGACUAAUCUUAUGAUAUAAAAUACACCACCAAGAAGUAGAUUUAUAUCUCCAACUUUAUAAAAAUAAAUAGAAUAAUAAUAAAAAUAAUAAUAAUUUUCUGAUUUUAAUCAAAACUCUAACAAUAACAUUUCCAAAACAGAAAAAUUAAGAAUUAAUAGUCCUGAUUAAUUUGAAACAAUAAAAAUUACUGAAAUUGUCAAUGUUGAAAACUCUUAAAAUUAAUCCUUAACCUCACCUUCACCUUCAGCACCUAUAUUACCAUUAAGACAUUCAAGUUUUGUUAAUAAUAAAUCUGAACCACUUACCAAUAAAAAAAAUUAAGAUGUUUAUUAUUCCUAAAUGGUUUAACCUUUAGCAAAUCAAAAAAUAUUACAAAGAGCUAUUAUCAAUAGAGCUUAAGAUAAUAAUGAAUAUGAAUUAGAUGCUUAAUUAUAAUAAUAUUCUAGAAAAAUUCAAUCUCCACAUAAAAAUAACACUUUCUUAGACUAAUAAUCUGAAUUAUAAAGUAAUCGCACUUCUUAAUAAUAGAUUAUCAUUCCUUAACCUUAAAAAUAAUUAUAUUCAGUUUAAUCUCCUACUAAAUUACCUUAAUCACCAAAAUUAAUUACAAAACAACAAGAAAGGUUGGAUCAAAAAGAAUUAUUUUUAUAAGCAGAGAAAGCAAUAAAAUUUUAGAGAACAUAACCGAAAGCUAUCUUACCUGAGUGGCAAAAAUAAUCAAAUAAAAAGGAUACUAAAUAAACAUAAUUAAACAAUUAAAUAUAUUCAAAGAAUAAUGGAAAUAAAUAAGAUGAUUUACAAGUAUUAUGUGUAAUAUGUGAAGAUCUUAUUCCUUUUGAGGAUGUAGAUUCCCAUUCUAUUAGAUGUUUGGCAAAAUCUAAACAAUAAGCAAAAACUUAAAAUGCUCAUACAUUAAUUUUAAACUUGAACUAAAAAUUGGAGCAAUUAAAAUAGAACAUUAUAAUAUAAUCUAAGUAAUUAGGAGAUGAUUUGAUAAAUAGUGAGGAGAUAAUUAAUUGCAUUACAAAAAUCAUUUAAUGUUCUUAUAAUUAUAAAAAACUCAAACAAUAUAAUGAAUUAUUGGGGUAAUAAUACUAAAAGUAUUAAUAAAAUUUUGAUUAAAAACGAUUUAUUAUGAUUCUCACAUUAUAAAGAGUCUUAGCAGUAUCAUAGGAGAAACAGCUAAAAUUAUAAUUUGUUGAAGAAAGUUAAAAUAAUUAAUUGGAAGAUGAGAGCUUUUUAUAUAAUGAACUUAAUAAAUUAAAUAAAUAGGUUGAAAUAGAGAAAGCGUAAUAUAAAUAAUAUUAUUUAGUAAUUUAGAAUAAGCCAAAUUAGAAUAAGAAUUAUUUAAAAAAAUAUAAAAGGAGGAUUUAGAAAAUAUGAAGUAUUUGAGAGCAUAAUAUUUGGAAUAAAAUGUAGAUAAUGAAGUGCUUUCUUAAAUAAACUCAGAAUGGGAUGUACGUAAUCCUGAGACCAAAACCAACAGAGUCACAAAUAGUAUUGUAUCAGAUAUCUAAUACUAAAGAGAUUUUGAUGGAAUGGCAGUUCGAAAAGAGGGAAACAGCCCAACAAUCAUUUAAAAUGAAGUUUUACAAUUAAUUAUUAUUUUAGGAUUAUAAAAAAGCAUUUUAUUAGUUAGCAGUUUAGAUAAAAUUAAAUCUACCUCAUAACCAUCCAGGCAAAAACUUAUUACUUUAGGAUGCAUAUGAGAAGGCUGUAAGUUUAAAAGUACCUAAGAAUGGAUGGGAGAUGUUUAUUAUUGAAGAAAUUAGAAAUAUCCAAUUAUGA